AUGAAACAACCAAAUUUUCUCAUCAUUGUCGCCGACGACCUUGGCUUCAGCGACACAUCACCGUACGGCGGAGAAAUAAAAACACCAAACCUCGAGCGUCUCGCUAAUACUGGUGUGCGCCUGACGAAUUUCCAUACUGCGCCAGCAUGCUCACCAACAAGGUCAAUGCUGCUGUCCGGCACCGAUCACCACAUCGCUGGUUUGGGCCAAUUGAUCGAGCAUAUGGCACAGAAUCCCAAGGUCUUCGAGGGCCGACCGGGAUACGAGGGCUAUCUUAACUUCAGGGUUGCCGCCCUCUCUGAGAUACUCCAAGACGCGGGUUACCACACUAUGCUGUCGGGAAAAUGGCAAGUGUUGGCUGAUACAUCUCCCAGAAAUACACCAAAGACUAGCUCUAACCGAAGUGUUGAAUUUAUAGGCAUCUCGGGCUAA